UCGUUUAUGUAAAUGCUUUGAUUGAAGAAAAAGAAAAAAGCCUUCUGCCCUACUCUGAAAUGGAGGUGUGGAUACAACGCAUGCGCAGUUUGUCCACAACUAUCCAGUCCCGUCCACAGGCGCAGACAUCAACAAGGGAGCGGGCUACUGAUGCGGCUUGAUUUCAUAAUAGUCACAUCGUAGCACAGCGCUGUAAGGAGUACUACUUUGUAUCAGAUCCACGCAGCUUGCAACAAGAUGUUUGGCUUUCAUAAGCCAAAGAUGUACAGGAGUUUGGACGGCUGCUGCAUCUGCCGUGCCAAGUCGUCAAGCUCUCGUUUCACCGACAGUAAGCGAUACGAGAAAGACUUCAGGAGCUGUUUUGGGCUGUGCGAAACUCGUUCUGGAGAAAUCUGUAACGCCUGUGUGCUCCUGGUAAAGCGAUGGAAAAAGCUUCCAGUGGGGACCAAGAAGAACUGGAACCACGUUGUUGAUGCCAGAGGAGGUCCUAGCCUAAAGAUAACUUCCAGGCCCAAGAAGAUAAAGUCCAUCUCCAAGAAAGCCCAGCCGAGCCAGAUCAGCAGGCUGCAGAAAGAGCUCAAAAGAAACAAUUCAGAUGCACAGAGCACCACCUCCAGCACCUCCCCAGCUCAGUCUCCGAGCUACAGCAACCUGUCAGAUGACGGCUCAGACUCAGAGCUCAGCCCAGGAUCCAGCCGCUCCCCGGUUUUCUCCUUUCUGGACCUCACUUACUGGAAGAGGCAAAAGGUGUGCUGUGGGAUAAUCUACAAGGGGCGCUUCGGGGAGGUGCUCAUCGACCCCCAUUUGUUCAAACCAUGCUGCCGUAACAAACAACGGCAGCAGCAGCAGCAGCAGCAGCAGGAGGAGGAGGAAGAAGAGGAGGAGGAGGAAGAUGAGGAGGAAGAGGUGGAGAUAGAGGAGGGGCAGGUGGGCCUGGGUGUCAGCGGACAUGAAUCCCAGACGGAAGAGGAAGUGAAGGAGACAACAAGGUGUGAGGAAGGUGCAGAGCCUGCACAGCUAUGUGUUACGGUGGGGAUGGAGGCUGGGUGGUAAACUCAAAACUCCGCCUUGCACACAUCUCUGAAGAAAUCUUGAGGAGCUGUUUUUUUUCUCAAGCAGUUACAGAAAGAAGUGGCCUCAGAUUGCCUUCAAUCAUAAAGCAGCUGAAAAUCCUUUGGUCUUCUCCAUACAAAUGUUGGAGGUUUGUUUAUUUAGUUUCAAUGGUAACUUAUGAACUGUCGUUUUUCCACUCUUUUUUUGUAUUUAAUAUUCAUUCCAUUCUAACGAUGGACCAUUUUUCGUGGUGUUUUUAAACUACUUUAGAUUAAAUGCUGGAGCUCUCGUUUGCUGGUACAUUCAAAAGAUUUUAUUCCAAAACACAUCCACUAACUCAGAGAAAAGGGUGCUACUUGAAAUUCAUUACUCAACUUUUCAAACAUACAGCUGAAUCCAUUCUCAGUGUGGAUAUUUCAGGAGCAUAUAUGUUAAUAAAUAAUGGCAUUAGUUUUGCUUCCUUUUGUUGAGAGUAGAUGGCUCUUUUUGAAAGGGUGGAUAUCUUGUUUUGGAAUGAAUGACACUUUACAUUGACAGAGCACAGACCUGUACAGUAGCCCUUUUGUUUUUGUCUUUUCGCCCCCAUUCCUAUCAACGAGUUUGUUAUAGACUGUCUCCAUGUGCAAAUACCUGUGUGGGUCCCUUUUAAACAAGGCCUAUUCACAGCUUCAACAGCAAAUACACCAGCCUUAAUGAUGUGUUACAGACAGUGCUAGUGUUCAUUCUGGAUCGGUAUUAAGGAACUCAAAGGGACAGUAUGUUUAUUGUGGCCUCAGAAACACACAGUGCAUUUUGCAUGAAUGGCAAGCCCACUCAUCCCAAAGACCUAACGAUCUGAUGCAUGAGUCUACUAAAAUUGCAUGGCCUUAUAUAAACUGUAAAUCUUGCUUUUUAUUUUUUUCGAUCCAUUUCUCUGAAGUUUUAACUUAUUUUUAUAUGUAAGAAAGAAAAAAAAGGAAAAAUAAUUAUUUGCAUAACAAUACCACACAAAACAGUAAAACUAAAUCGGUCUAUAGUCAUUCAACAAUAUCAAUAUCAGUGAUUCCCUUCAUUCCUGGGUCAGGAUAGGUAAACAACUUUGUACAAGUUGAAAUUCUAUGCCAUUGCCUCUUCUAUACCACAAACGUGUUGUGAUAUAUAGCCUAAUAUUACCUUAUUUAUCAAACGAAAGCCAAAGCACAUUGAAAUUCACCCAAUGUCAAAUCAAUGCAGGUUUUCUAUGGACACUUGUGCUUCUCCGAGGUCAUUUGUAUGUAUGUUUAUGUCAAACAGAACACUAAGGAAAUUUCAUACAUGUGAUGUUGUAGUCGGCAGCAGAGGGUGUGGUAUGUACAUAAGGGGUUGGGUAAGCCAUGCGGCUGUUAUAUGGGUUUCAUUAUUUAUUUAUUUCAUAUUUAUUUGUAUCACUGCAUCCCUGCUUAGAAGUGUAAUACUAUGAAUUAUUUUCAUCUUUAGCUUAAAUGUAGAAGGAUUUUCUACUUCAUAAAUCGAAUGUAAUUCUCACGCAGGCUUCAUUUAACAUUGCGUUGAAUUACCGGAUGUCAAUAUUUGUGAAAUGUUAAGUAUUUAUUUACUCAUCAGUUGAGUUGCGUGCAACCUAACUUAUUCUGUACCAUCACUUUGGAUAUGUAUCAUGUAGACUGAAUGAUAGAUUGCAACCAAAAUGUACUUUUCCCUUUUAGCCUGUAGCUUAACAAUGUUACAGAAUUGUAGGAUAUUUAACUUUAGACUUGCAUGUACUGUUGCUAUGCAUUUACUUAGCUUACAAGUUAGACAAAGCAAUUUUGUAUUUUUUAUAAAUCAUGUACUUUUUUUACUUGUCCCUUAAUAAAAGUACUUUUGUGAAUUUUCA